UGAUAUCCUUUCAAAACUCAAUCAGCUGCAGCCUGAUGGCAUGUCGCAACAGAAGUGUUAAAAAUACAUAUGAACUAGCACCUUCGUUCCCACCUGCUCCCAGCUGUUGAAAUGGUUGUUACUUGAAUGAGUUUGCUUUAAAAGCACCUAAGAGUGGUAUCUAAAAACAGACAGAGAGUAGUAAUAAAGGUUGUGUCCUUAUUAGACACAAUAAGUGGUAGCAGCAUGCAACUUAACUCUUUGAAGGGAAAGGCACUAAUCUUCCUUUAUGCAUCUGUAAUUCUCUUUAGCAUCAAUAUAAAUUGUGGGCUUGCAGUGAGGGAAAUAUUAUGCAAACAGCUAUAUUUCCUACCUAUGACAACUGUCCUGGUGGUAAGAUUGCUUCUGUUUUGAGAGCCGUAGUUACGUAAAAUAAUAAAAUGCAUAUUUCUAUAGAACAAUUUCAAUAAACCAUCAGGAUUUUGACAUUACAGUUCAGUGCUUGCCUGGGGUCUUGGAAUGGGUUUGCUUUAGAGCUGACAAUUUGGAAUUAGCUAUUGGCAGUUUGUCAAUUUGAGAAGUCUAUUAGGGUACUAAAAUGGAUGUCUCAUUUCUCUUACCCAUACAUAUAUCUCUCAUGCCAAGUAAAAUGUCUUUUUACAAUAUAAAUAUUUAUGCUGCAGAAAAUUGAAGUAGACAGCCUGAAUCUAUCAUCUCCCAAUUCUGCUGUCUCUCCAGCCCCAAGCUACUGUUUAGUUAUAAUAGUUGUCUUGCUAAGAACUAUUUCUUAUCAAAGAAUUCAGUGGGCACGGACUGUUUUAUUCCUGCUGUGUGGUUGGGAACAGAACAGGCAUAUUAACCUGUGUGCUGUACUUCUUCCAUCUUAGGGUUGUGAAAAGUUAAACUUUUAAACAUCAUGUCUCAGGCUGUGCAGACAAAUGGGACUCAACCUUUAAGCAAAACGUGGGAACUCAGUUUGUACGAAUUGCAGAGGACACCCCAGGAAGCAAUAACUGAUGGGCUGGAAAUAGUGGUGUCACCUAGGAGCCUGCACAGUGAACUAAUGUGUCCCAUUUGCUUGGAUAUGCUGAAAAACACCAUGACAACAAAAGAAUGCCUGCAUCGUUUCUGUGCUGACUGUAUCAUUACAGCCCUCAGGAGCGGAAACAAAGAGUGUCCUACUUGUCGUAAAAAGCUUGUUUCUAAAAGAUCUCUGAGACCAGACCCAAAUUUUGAUGCACUCAUCAGUAAAAUUUACCCAAGUCGGGAUGAAUAUGAGGCCCAUCAAGAAAGAGUGUUAGCAAGAAUCAGCAAACACAAUAACCAGCAAGCUCUGAGCCACAGCAUUGAGGAAGGUCUAAAGAUUCAGGCCAUGAACAGGCUACAGAGAGGCAAGAAACAACAAAUUGAGAAUGGCAGUGGAGCAGAAGAUAAUGGUGACAGUUCGCACUGCAGCAAUGCCUCAACACACAGCAAUCAGGAAGCAGGGCCUAGUAACAAAAGGACCAAAACAUCUGAUGAUUCUGGCCUAGAAUUGGACAAUAACAAUACAACUGUGGCAAUAGAUCCAGUAAUGGAUGGUGCUAGUGAAAUCGAGCUAGUCUUCAGGCCUCACCCUACACUCAUGGAGAAUGAUGACAGUGCACAGACUAGGUAUAUAAAGACCUCAGGUAAUGCUACUGUUGAUCACUUGUCCAAGUAUUUAGCUGUCAGAUUGGCUUUAGAAGAACUUCGCAGCAAAGGAGAGACAAAUCAGAUGAAUCUUGACACUGCCAGCGAGAAGCAGUACACCAUAUACAUUGCUACAGCCAAUGGCCAAUUCACGGUAUUAAAUGGCUCCUUUUCCUUGGAGCUUGUCAGUGAGAAGUACUGGAAGGUGAACAAACCCAUGGAACUCUACUACGCACCAACAAAGGAACAUAAAUAAGCUUUGCAAAAAAUCUUUGAGCUGGGACUCUGUUUUUAUAGCUAUGGUUUCUUAAUAUUAAGGAGGCACCACCGUUAUUUUAUGGACAAUAAGUGGGAUGUCUUCAGACUCCUUUAUGAACAUACUGUACUUUAUUAAUAUGAUUAGACAGUGUUCUGGGUUUUAUUUUUUAAUUUAAUUUUUUUCCAGGAGAUUGAAUGACCGACCUUUUGUGAUUCAUUCCAUUGUUAAUGAUGUGCUUGCUUGUUUGUUUGUUCCCAAUGCAUGAUAUUGAAGCAGAAGUUCCUUUUGGAAUCUCUUAAUCUAGUCCAGGAAAGUUGGUAGGUCUGUUAAUAUCCUUGACACAGAGCAGCCCCUUCAAAGUACUGAAUGUUGGGAGGGGGUGGUCAAAAGGAAUCUGAAGUAGUAGUAAGUAGUGGGGAGUAUGCUUUGAAUGUAGUGGUUUACUAAUCACUAUCACUAUAAAAGAUGUUGGAGAAAUGAUG